UCCGACUGUGUAUCUCUAACUUCCGCCAUCCCUGCGUUUCACUCCAACCAGGCGGCUACGAGAUGCGUCAUUGCGCUUGCGUGUAGUCGUGACGCCACAGUCUCGCGUGAUGAGACUUGUGGCGUUGGGAUUUCCUGUAAGACAGGCGGCAAGGAGCUUGCAAUCAACAGCUUUGCGGGACGUUUCUGCUGUGACAGUUCAGGAAAGAAACUUACCUUACUAUUCUCAUUUGAAGUUGAACUGCUUCCUGGUAUUGGACCCAAAGUAGGCUGUGCAAAGCAAGAACUGCCUUUUGUACUCUGAAUCAUCCAGCAGAAUCAUUUCAACAGUCUCCCUAGAUAACAACACUGUUUCCAGGAGGAUAUAACCAACUUGGAUCCUAAGUCAGAACACUAGCCCCAUCUUCACUCCAACCUGACGUGGUGUAUGUGCUGUGUGACCCCACUUGUCCGAGCCCAUGAGGGAGUACAAGGUGGUGGUGUUAGGCAGUGGUGGGGUUGGGAAGUCAGCCCUAACUGUCCAGUUUGUUACGGGCACCUUUAUUGAAAAGUAUGAUCCUACAAUUGAGGAUUUUUAUCGCAAAGAAAUUGAGGUGGACUCAUCACCCUCUGUGCUGGAGAUCUUGGACACAGCAGGCACAGAACAGUUUGCUUCUAUGAGGGAUCUUUACAUUAAGAAUGGCCAGGGCUUUAUCUUGGUGUACAGCUUGGUAAAUCAACAGUCAUUCCAGGACAUAAAGCCAAUGCGGGACCAAAUAGUUAGAGUCAAAAGAUAUGAAAAGGUUCCCCUCAUUCUAGUUGGAAACAAAGUGGACCUGGAGUCAGAGAGAGAAGUUAUGUCAGCAGAGGGACGGUCCCUUGCUCAGGAGUGGGGCUGUCCUUUCAUGGAGACUUCUGCCAAAAGCAAGACAAUGGUGGACGAACUGUUUGCUGAAAUUGUGAGGCAAAUGAACUAUGCAUCUUUGCCUGAGAAGCAGGAUCAGUGUUGUACAACUUGCACUGUUCAAUGAGAAAUUUGGAGAACCUCAAACAUGGCCAUAAAGAGCAGAUAACUCAGAGGAAAUUUGCACAGCUACCGCUUUGGAGAACUUAACAGCCCAGGUUGCAGAUCUGAGCCGAAAUUAACCUGUCUGCACAAUAGCACAUUGCCACAAGAGUCAUUGGAAUGCUCAGGGAGUGUGUCCUUAGCAACCACGCCCCUGUAGCGGCUGUGCAUUGCACAUUUACCAUACGUUAAAGAUUCCUCUCUUUCCCUGCAGCAGCUAAAAAGCUUAUCCCUUGUUUUUUUGUUUUUUUUAAAAAUCUUUUAAUUGAUUUGAUUAAUCAGUUUCUGAAACAUGUAUUUAUUAAAUACUUAAACUCAGUAUUACUUACUUAAUGCCUUUUAAAAAGAAAGUUUUAUCAGAGGGUAAAUUGAGCCUUAAUCACAUGGUUAUUCCUAUAUAUUACCUCGCAUCUGCUCUUAAUCCCUUCAGCUCAAAAGAGGCUGGCAGCGUUAUAUUCGGUAUCGCAUUGCCUUUUUCCUCUCUAACUGAAAGGGAGAAUUUGCUGAUUCUCUGCUGAAAGUGGUUGGUAAAUACUUUUGAGAUUUUGUUUACGUUAAAAAUGUGUCAAGUGAAGCUGCUCAGUAUGAACUGGACCUCCUUGAAAACCUCGCCAGUCUGGCCCAUAUUCACUAAGCCAUGGGUUACAGAAAAUCCUGAUCUAAAAAACAACUUGCAGCCUAAGCAAAAGAAUUUGAUGUGUAGAACCACACCUUAGCUAAUAUGACCCAGUUUGGCUCUCUCCACUAGAGGAGGGCUAUUUAACAGAUGGCUUUCCAGCUUUUGCUGGAACCUAACUCACAGCAUCCUCUCAUGGUGGUUGUUGUACAAGAGUAUUUGGCACACCCCCUGAUUCUUUCCCUGUGUUAAUGAAGCGCAGAUGAAUAUUUCCUUAGUGGUUCGGCCUACACAAUAAAUGACACAUGAAAAAUGGCUUAACUAAAAUUUCUUGGUUAGCCAUCUGAUUGUCUUUGAAUUAAGGUAAUCUAUUAUUAUAUAGUUGGGUGGGGUUAUACAGGCCUUGGCUGAUGGUAAGAACACAAAUGUAUAAUGUAUUUCUAUUUUAGAAAAUAUACCCUCUUCUGUCUUAAGCGUGUUUUUCAAAACUGUCUUCAACCUGCUUUACAGUGUUCAUUAUUAGAGUUUUUUUUGUUUUUACUUGUGUAUCUAAAAAGUAAUAUAAUUUGGCAUUUUUCAUUUUUUUUUUAUUUUCCCACCUGUGCACAUAUAAGUCACAUGCAAAUAAAAUGAUUUUAAUUCCCCGCCCCCAGUUUAUGAUAGUUGUGUCCUUUGAUAUACUUGCUAAAAGAAAUUUUGCUUUGUAUGCUUUCAGUUGUGUAUGUGCACCUGCCUGUCCCUGCUUACAGGACAAAUUAGCCAGCCCAUGCUCUUAGCAAGCAGUGACUAGCCAAAUGUGCUUUAAACAGCAAAUGCCUUCCAUGGUCUUUACCAGAUCUGCAAUUUUUAAACAUGACUUUUCUAGAAUGCGUGACGUGCAUUUAACAAAGGUUUGCUCUGUGGUUGCAGGGGUCUGAUGACCUAUUGUAGUGCUCUAAUGUCCAUUGCUCCGGGUUACCCACCCAGUUCAGGGAUAUGUAAGAUUUAUAACAAAAAUGUAAUAUGCCCUCUCCAAUUCUAUAAUUAUGUAUAUAUGAAAUAAACUCUUCCAGGAAACAAAAGGCACCAAAACUCGCUUAUUUUGAGUUAAUAUAAUAGAUGGUUAAAUAUCCAUAACCUUUUGUUGUCUGGGCCCAGAUCAGUUAUUUACCAAAGUUUUAUUGUAGCUGUAUUUCAUCUUGGUGAAAUAGUAAGUUUGACAUCUGGAUAUUGUCAUCUGCAUCUUCUUCCAAACACUAGCUUGUGUUAAGCUGGUCACACACAGGUCUUCUUUAUGUAUUUAUUUUUAAUCAGUCAGAGAAGUGUGUUUGCCCGUGACAGUGGGAUAAUCCAGUCAGAAUUCCGGAUCGGAUGUAUUUUAUUAGAUCAGUCGGGAUUUGAUAUUGCAGGUGACAGAUAAUGCCUCUCUGGUGUCACGGUGUCACAGAUUGAACAAAUAGCAUAGCACCCCCUGUGAAACAUUGGUUCCACUUACUGCAGAAUUACUUUAUCUGUAGGCUUUGGCUUAAUGACCAAAGCAGCUAUAGAUGAGUUUGUUUGUAGGUCUGAUGAAAUUUCCGGUUCUAAGCUUGUGUGGCCAGCUUUAGACCCGAGCUGCACCAUUAUUAAACUGUGCUGUCUGCAAAAAAAAAAAGUUUAUCUGAACUGAUGGCAAAUGCUUGUGCAUAUUUUGACAUUGAUUUUAUAAUGUGCGUUACUUCCAACUUGGUCUUCUGUUUUCCCCCCCACCCUGAGCAGUGCAUUUUUUAUUUACUCCUCUCUUGGAUGCAGGAAGAGUUUACUGCUUUAGUAAUGCACAAGCGUAACUCGGUUACCUAGGCAUUUCUGUGAAAAGGCAUAUAUACGUGCAAGAUAUUUCACAGCAGCUUCCUAAACAUCCCUGAUAAUCAGGUGACUGCUGAGAACUAGACCUGGAAUGUCACACUCAGGAUCAUGGGGUAUGUUAUUCCCAGUAGCUCUUUGACUUACACCUACCUUGCACCCCUACAGUACAUUUAAUAAUGGUGCAGCUUUUUUUUUUUUUUUUGCAUUAAGACUUGCAAUAAGAUUUCCGUUAUUUGAAAACAAAAAAAACAAGCAAUAGACAAUUGCCAAUCACUGCUACUGUACAGCAGAUAACCAGUGUAGGUCUGAAUUAUUAUAUUUCGGUGGACUAGUGUUGAUCUGUGGUAGUAUUUUGAAAUUGUUUACAUUACAGUUUAAGUUGUAACACCUUUUUUAGUGCUAUUGUAAUGUAAAACAACCCUUGCCCUCUUCAUGUUCCUAUUUUGAUUUUCUUAACGUAAACCUUCAUGUAGCCUGCACUUUAAUACCAGAUUUAGUAAAUAUGCUUUUCAAAUUUAGUGUUUUAUUGUUGGAAAUGCAGCACUGUUUUUUUUUUUUUAUUUUAUUUUUUUUUUAUUUCAACACGGGUGUAAAAAUCUUUCAGAGCCAAAAUGGCAUACAGUACAGUGAAUUGCCAACUUGUUUUGUAGGGUCAUUAGAAGAAUACUGUAACAGGAUUUUUCCCCUUGUCCGAAUGACACAAAGAAUUCCAGUGAAAAACUGGCUUGAGGGUUACUUUCUCUUUGUUAGUAGUUUAUUUAAAAAGGGUCAUUCUGUUUUCAAGGCAAAAGUUUGAGGUUUGUUGACUCUGAAAUGCUAGGUCAAAGACUGGCUUUCAUCAAACGUCUAAAAAAACUUUCUUCAGCACAUUGUACAGGAGAUAUGGACCAAAUGUUAACGCCUCCUGACAAAUUUGCAUGUGGUGUUGCUGUUUGAGGCUGAAACAUUAAAUUCAAAUGUAACCUAUUAACUGCAUCGCUAUAGGAGUUCAAGUCGGUUGAAUAAGGAACUGCAAGCAGGCAGUGUCAUGCAUGGACACUACAUAAUGUUUCUUGUGGAUAAGUACAACUGGACCAGAUAAAAAAAGGAUUGACCAUUUGCAGAGCUUUGUGAUUGAAAUUACAGAUUACAACUUUGUCAUUUUGUAAAAACAGCCCCAACAGUUACCCGUUUGUAAAUUUUAUUUUUUUUAUAUAUAAAAAUAAAUCUGUAUUAAUGACUUGA